GUGUUGGCCAUUUAGUUAUGGGUACUGGGUGUCAUUAUUUGAGUGUAAUAUCUUUGAAAAGGCGAUUCAUUAGCCUAUGUUACACAGGCUGUAACAUUUUUCUCAACCUUUUUAUCAAUAAAAGACUUCGAACAAUGUGAUUGGAAAUGAAUCAAGUAAAAACUAAAAAGAAUAAUAAUUAAAAAAAAAAAAAGGUUGAAAACUUGAAAUCAAACACGGUGGUUUAUCAUUUCAAAAGUUAAAAAUCUGAGUAAAAAAUUAGAAGAACAAAGCCGCUGUUGGCCUUUACCGUGCUGAGUUCUUAGUUCAAGUAAGAGUUUGAAUUGAAAAUCGAUGCGAAUGCAAAUGCUGGCUCCAAUACGACCUCGUUUUGGCGGUCUACUGAACCCGUCAUGGUUCAACACCUUCAGAGGCCUCCGAGCUCUCUCAUCUUCUUCCUCCGCCUCUGCCAACCAGUCUCGGGGCGGUCUCCCUCGUUUCUUUUCUGAAAAUCUCCCUACUACCAAGGGUAGUGUUGUCCGCGUUCAAGGCGAUGAAUUCUGGCAUAUGACUAAAGUUUUAAGAUUGGGCAUCAAUGAUAGGGUAGAGCUGUUCAACGGGAAAGGAGAGUUAAUAGAAGGCUGCAUUGAGAGGAUUGACCGUUAUGGGAUUGAUUUUGUAGCAUUGGAAGAUCCCAAGUUUAUUCUUUCACAGAACACACAGUGGCAUGUAUUUGCAGCCUUUGGGUCUCUAAAGGGUGGUCGGGCAGACUGGCUUGUUGAGAAAUGCACGGAGCUGGGUGCCAGCAGUGUAACCCCACUGCUGACAGAGCGUUCCUCGUCUAUCUCCGAGAAUCGGGUGGACAGAUUGCAGCGUGUAGUUUUAGCAGCAACUAAACAAUGUCAACGGCUACAUGAGAUGAUUUUAAAUCCUCCAAUGAAGAUUGAUGACCUUCUACCUACAGUUUCCCAGUCAACGCUAUCUUUUGUAGCGGUAGCAGAAGCUACUCCUCUUGUUAGUGCAUUGACCAGUUUGAGAAUACAGCCAAGUGGAUUAAUCAUAGUUGGACCAGAAGGGGAUUUCACAGAGAAAGAGUUGAACUUGAUAACGGGAUCAGGGGCCUCGGCAGUAGGUCUCGGGCCUCAUCGCCUGCGUGUUGAAACCGCAACAAUGGCACUUUUAGCAACCUUAAUGCUAUGGUCUGACUCUCAGCAAGCAGUUGAUUCUUGAUCUUCACAAGGCGAAAAAACCUACAUUAAGUUGCCUCCUUUCUAUUCCUUUCCUUUGUAUGUGUUGUGGUCUCUCUUGUUAUUUGAACAUUUGGACGAGUGAUUUAUUACUACUAAAAUCAUUGUCUUGUAGGAGCCAUGGUCUUGGUCUCUCCUCUCACAUUGAUUAAUAUUAGAUUGACUACACUUGAAGUUUCAUCUUCAUUUUAAAUAUUCCAUUCAAUGUUUAUGGAAGAUAUAUUUAUUAAA